AUGGGCGACCGUGAAGCCGCAGGACGGUCGAGUUCAGUUCCAUCGGUGGGGAAUCAGUGUGGAAUCGCAGCGCGACGACGUUUAGCCUCGGCGGAGGUCCCAGCAGUGGAAGGGAGGAAGCAGCGAAGAGCCAAGAGCACGACGACGCCCGUCGACGGGGGGGCGCCACCGGAACCCUCCAUUCCUGUCAAGGACAAGCCGAAGGUAGCCGAGAUCGACAGAGGUGCCAAAGAUCGAGAUCACUUUCCUGCCGCGUUGCAAUAUCACACCGAAUAUAUCGACCAGCUGGUAAUCGUCGAACGCGAGAGGGAAAAGAAAUCUCCGGCGUUAUCGAAGAAUUUCUUGACGGAAUGUCACAUAAACGCCGAACAGAGGAGGCUGGUGGUCAUCUUUAUGAUACAUUUGGGAACGCAUUGCAGAUAUCCGUCGUACAUCGUGUACCAGUCGGUGAAGCUGUUCGAUUUGGUUAUGGAUACGAUACGCGUGGACACCGCGUUCAUUCAAUUAUGCGCGUUGGCCAGUCUGUGGAUCGCGCUGAAGAAGCAAGAGAAUUUUCACAAGAUUCCAACGGCUACGUCUAUGGUAGCUCUCGCGAAGGGACUGUACGCGGGAAGAGAAGAUUUGCUGAUAGAAUACGAGAGGAAAAUCCUACAGGUUCUGAAUUUUAACGUGUCGUUCGCUGACGCGUUCAGCCUGUUCACGUAUCAUCUGAUCAAUUGCAUACGUUUCGUGGACAUAUCCGACGAGACGACCGCCUUUCUCUACAACACCGGCUGCUAUCUGAUCGACCUGACACUGCUGGACGAGCAGUUCUGCCGAACGGCCGCAAGCCUGAUCGCUGUAACAGCAGCAGAGCUAGCUUUCGGUCUCGUUCUAGACGUCGCACCUGCCGUUCACGCGAGACCACGAUGGUUGUUUUGGAGAGGUUUGCUCUUUGCCGCAACUCCCCACAUGCCCGACAGGUUUCAGGACAAGGAGAUCGAUCAGACCAGGAUCAGGAUGUUGCGUCGCUUGUUGAGUUCCGGGAAGAAACACCACGGUUUCGACGUGGUGUAUAAGAAAUACAGUCGCAGCAGGUACAGUCGGAUAUCGGAGUCGUUGUUGGAGCGGGCCGGUAGAGUGUCCCCCACGGAGACGUUCUACGAUCCGUAGGAAAGGAUCCAUUAC